GCGAAUACACACAAGCCGGGCGACUGGACUGGCCUGCCUAUCUGCAAGCCUUCCUCCUAGAAGUCUGCGAUCCCUUUGAACGAUGGGAGACCUACCACCCGACCCUGAGCCCCCUCCUCAGCCUACCUCCAGCAGUAGGAAUUCCGAGGUCUCCGAGCGGCGGCGCAGUGGGGAACAGUCUAGGCCCCAGCCCACAGUCCCUGAAGAGGUGCAGCAGAUACCGCUUGACGCUCAGAUCCUGCGCGGCAGUCGGGAGACGCUGUCGAACCAGAUCAACCGGGGCUGGUCACAAGGGGCCAGUCUGACCUCAAAUGAGAACUUCAUUCUUCAGGCCGAGGAAGCCCAGCGGGGGGGCAUUGAAUACCCUUCCCUGAAUACGGGCUUUCCCUCAGAGGUACAGCCCCAAACUUACCCGAGUGAAGGCAGGCUCCAGGCCAGCCACAACGCCAGCUUAAUGCUGCAGCAGCUACAGCAGGGCGAAGGCAACCUAUUCCAGCAACUGGAGUCUGCCUACCAGGAGCCCCGGGCUGACCUCUUGGGCCAGUACACCAGGUACGAGAGAGAAGACGUGCAGUUCAGCCAGGACACCCAGCACGGGCCGUCCCUACGGGAUGACGCUGCGCUCCCGUCCUCGCCCUCUGAGCUGGGCUUCAUGCCCUUCACUACGGAGUUGCCCGAGCCAGAGCCUCGAGAGCUGGCCGUGCAGAGCGCCAAGGCCUACCUGCUGCAGACCAGCGUCAGCUGCGACCUCAGCCUGUAUGAGCACCUGGUGAACCUGCUGACCAAGAUCCUGAACCAGCGGCCUGAGAACCCCUUGUUCCUCCUGGAGUCGCUGAACCGCACCACUCAGCGGGAGUGGUUCCACCCCAAGUUGGACACGCUUCGGGACGACCCAGAGAUGCAGACCGCCUACGAGAUGGCCGAGAGGCAGAAGGCGCUGUUCGGCCGGAGCGGCGGCGGCGGCGGCGAGGGCGAACAGGAGAUGGAGGAGGAGGCGGCUGAGACGGCCGUGCCCAACAUCAUGGAGAAGGCCUUCUACCUGGAACAGGCCGGCGUGGGCCUGAGCUCAGACGAGAGUUUCCGCAUCUUCAUGGCCCUGAAGCAGCUCGUGGAGCAGCAGCCCAUCCACACCUGCCGCUUCUGGGGCAAGAUCCUGGGGCUCCGUCGCAGCUACCUGGUGGCUGAGGUGGAAUUCCGGGAGGGCGAGGAGGAGCUGGAGGAGGAGGAGCUGGAGGAGAUGAUGGAGGGCGGAGAGGUCAUGCAGGAGCCCGGCGAGGAGGAGGGCGAGGAGGGCGAGGAGGGCGAAGAGGUCGCCGACGUCAUCCCCAAGCCCACGUGGAAGCCGCCGCCCGUCGUCCCCAAGGAAGAGAGCCGAAAGGGCGCCAACAAGUACGUGUAUUUCGUGUGCAACGAGCCGGGCCGGCCGUGGGUGAGGCUGCCCCAUGUCGUGCCAAGCCAGAUCGUGCAGGCCCGCAAGAUCAGGAAGUUCUUCACUGGCUUCCUGGACGCGCCGGUCGUCAGCUACCCGCCCUUCCCGGGCAACGAGGCCAACUACCUGCGGGCCCAGAUCGCCCGCAUCUCGGCCUCCACACACAUCAGCCCCCUCGGCUUCUACCUGUUCGGCGAGGAGGAGGGCGACGACGACGAGGAGGGCGGUGCCGGGCGCGACUCUUACGAGGAGAACCCCGACUUUGAGGGCAUCCCGGUCCUCGAGUUGGUGGCCUCCAUGGCCAACUGGGUGCAUCAUACGCAGCACAUCCUGCCACAGGGCCGCUGCACUUGGGUGAACCCUUUGCAGAAGACGGAGGAGGAGGAGGAGCUGGGGGAGGAGGAAGAGAAGGCAGAGGAGGGGAGAGAGGAGGUGGAGCAGGAGGUCGGGCCCCCGCUGCUGACGCCACUCUCAGAAGAUGCAGAAAUCAUGCACAUGUCACCCUGGACCGCCCGCCUGUCCUGCAGCCUCAGCCCGCAGUACGCCGUGGCUGUCGUGCGCUCCAAUCUCUGGCCAGGGGCCUAUGCCUACGCCAGUGGCAAGAUCCCCCACCAGCUGUUCCCAAAAGAUUGGCAGGUGGAAGUCACUCCCACAUCGUCCCUCCUCGGCUACACCCUCGAGGCACGUCCCUCAGCCUCUCACCAGGCACAUCCCAGCUUUUCUACUCAGCCACUAGAGGGCGCAGCCUGCAGCCACGGGGCGUGCACUUACCGGCUCUGUCCACCAGAUGGCAUGACGGUUUCUCAUAGCUUUUCCUUUUCCAUAUCAGUGAACAGCCUGCCCUGUAUUCGAUACUAUGCUUCACAGUCAAGGUGGGAUUUUACAUCAUCUUGAUAAUUUAACCACAUUCUUGACAAUUUCUUGUUCGCCUCCAGAAGCAUGGAAGAAGUAUGCUUGCUUUUGCCAGCGCCCUUCUUCCGGCCACACCCUAACUUGCCAGCAUCCCUCUGAA